AUGGACCCAAUCACUAUUGCCGUGAUCGUAUUGAUCGUAUUUGCUUCCAUAAUCUUUGGGAUCCUGAGACAACGUUCAAAGAAUGCGGAAAAGAAUCGAGAAAGGGAGCUACGGGAAUCACAAGAACGCAUAAGAAGAAAUGCAAGCCAAAGACACAGAAAUCAUGAAGUGUCAUCAACGUAUCAAUCCAAUAGCGGGAAUACCAAUGGCAACCAAAUAACAAUAACAACAACAACAGGUCCAGAACAUACAAUUGUCCAAAUUGAGGCACCACCGCCGGCAUACGGUAGCAAAAUUAUUGGCCCUUCUCCACCCAAUUAUCCUCCUCCACCAACUUACCAAGACGGUUGGAGAGAGCCAUCAACAACAGCAACAUCAUCAAUGGCACCACAGCCUUAG